AUGAAUCUUUCCAACGCUCAGCUAGACGGCCACGACCAUCCUACGUCACCUCUAGCUGAUCAAGUCUUUUCCCCUAUGUCAGCAUUGACAAGAGGUCUUACCAGUCCAUCAAAAGUUUUCGAUUUUAACAUUGGAGUUUUCAAUGACUUCAAUGACGUUAGAUACAACGAUGCAUCCGAUCCAAUAUUUAACGACGAUUUGUUCCUCUCUCCUAAAAAGCCAGUUAUUGACCGCAAUAUUCCAAUACCGAUAAUAAACCAAACAACAACGAAACGAAUUAUAGAUAGACCUGCUCAAAAAGUACAGAAGGCUCGUUUUGUUAUGAAGCCAUUUGCUACUUUUGACUCAAUAGAAUUAACAGUUAAAUCGUUAAAUAGCAUAUCCACUAUUAAGGUUUAG